UCUGACAACGAGUUAAGCAAAAGCUUUUUUGCUGAUAAUUUUGAACAGUUGUUACACAUCGGGAGCGGAGGUUUCGGUGAUGUAUAUAAAGUAAAGCAUAACAUUGAACAAGAGAUAUAUGCGGUUAAAGUAAUUAAGUUAUAUGACACUAAUGACGAUAAUGAACGACAAACAAUACUAAAAGAGGUUCAAAAUUUAGUGAAAUUGCGGUCAGAAUAUGUGGUGAAUUACCGCAACUCAUGGCUGGAAGACAAUCGUCUUUACAUUCAAAUGGAUUAUUAUUUACAAACUCUUCAGACAAUUCUCGACACAAAACACAUUGUCUUCGGGAGAGAAGCGGAAGACCCGAUGGAUUGCAUCGAGUAUUUCAUAUGUUGUGAAAUAUUUAAAGAGCUUUUAGAAAGUGUACAAUAUUUACACGAAUUGUGUCCACCGGUUAUCCAUCGGGAUCUCAAACCGGCAAAUGUGUUGAUAUCAGUGAAUAAUAUUAAUAAUCGAUUCAUAAAACUCUGUGAUUUUGGUUUGGCUACCGAUCACAUAAACACAUCCAUUGGCCACACCUCUAAUGUGGGAACCCAUGCAUAUAUGGCACGCGAAAUACAUCAGCGCCGGUAUAACAUUAAGGUAGACAUCUAUAGCCUGGGAGUGAUCGCAAUGAAUUUGUUUGUGUUAUUCAAUAGUCAAUGCCAUACAAUCGGCCGACUAGUGGUCGAGUACUCGACGAUUACAACUACUGGUCAGUCGAUAAACAAA